AUGAACACACCACAUUUAUUUAGUCAUUUUACUAGUUUACCUGAUGAAUUAAUGUUGAUUAUUUUUAAGAGUUUAGAUACGGUGGAUGCAUUUAGUUUUAUUAAUAUCAAUGAACGAUUCAACAACAUUUUAUAUGAUGCUGAAAUUAUCAAUCAUUUACAGUUAUUUAGAUUGUCUGAAAACAAACGUAUUGAUCCAUUAGAUGAUGAACUUAUUAAUCGAUUUUGUUCACAAAUCUUACCAGCAAUUCAUCAUAAAAUCGAAUGGCUUGAUCUUGAAUCGUCAUCAAUUGAACGUAUUCUUCUGGCAACAACUUAUGAUAAUUUAUUCGGUAUUGGUUUAUGGAAUAUGGAUGCAAUGAGAGCUUUAUAUCUUUUUUAUAGUAAACAUUCGGUAUUACAUCUGUUGAAAAAGCAAAUCUCAUCAAUUAGUAUAAAAAUCAAUGAUCCACAAAGACCAUUGAUAGAGAAUGCAGCAAAAAACAUAUUUCAAUAUGUAUUAGCUAUGUUUCCUAAUUUGUAUCGUUUAAGUUUUGAAACAUCUAUUUAUUGUGAAUAUAUGUCAUUGGAUCAUUUAGCUCAAACUAUUUGUUAUUCGAAUUUAUUACAGUUAUACGUUACUUUACAAUACUUUGAAGAUUGUUUGCAUUUACUAGAUGGUCAUUUUAAUCAACUGCAUACGUUAUACAUUAAUCUUUCAACUAUUCAUUCGGAUCAAGUAAUUUAUAAUGAAAAAAAAUUAUAUAAUUUAAAAUGUUUGUCUUUGACAUGUGAUGUAAUUACAAACAAGUAUGACGAGUUAAUUGUACCACUUAUACGUCGUAUGUCAAAUUUAGAACAACUUAGUUUAUAUCUUCAAAUUAGUCAUAACAGAACAUUUAUUGAUGGCAAUGAUUUAAGAAAGAAUAUUAUGGAUUACUUAUUACAUUUGAAAAAAUUUCGAUGCAACAUUUAUUCAUUUAUUUUUAUUGAUAAUGCAAUUGAUUUACCAUCUAAUGAAGAUGUUCAAUGUAAUCUUGGAAAUAAUCAAAUUAUUUCUUAUGUUAGUUAUUUUCCUAAGAAUAAAAUGGGCUUAUGUAAUAUAUGUUCAUAUUCAUCUUCAAAAACAAUAAAAUAUUAUUAUUACAUUACAAAUAAUUUUCCAGGUGGAUUAUUUAAAUAUGUACAACAAAUUUUAUUAUAUGAUGAAUAUCCAUUUGAACAUGAAUUUUUUAUUCGAAUUUCUGAAUCAUUUCCAAUUAUUACAUAUUUAUCUUUAACUAAUCCAACAUCACAAAAGAAAAAACAAUCACAACCAACAAAUUUACCAAUUGUUAAAUUUAAUCAUUUGAAUAAAUUAAGUUUUGAUGAUGUCCAUGAUGAUUAUAUCGAACAAUUUUUAUUUGAUACAAAAACAUAUUUACCCAAUAAGGUAUUACUUGGUAUAGAACUUGUUCAAUUGCAAAUAGUAACGAACAAUUUUACAAGAUUAGAAACACGAAAUAAUUGUGCAAAAUUAGGUUAUCAAUAUUAA